CAUAUGCUUCGUGUUUACACGUAAACAAAAAUGGCGGCACAUCUGGGAAACCGAAAAUUUUCACACCUGUUCACUCUAACUCGCUUUCUGAACUCACCGAGUUUCACGCGUCCGAGAUGGAUUGAAACCAUAGCCUACGAAGAAUCGCGUGCUCAUCCGGAUAAACCCUACACCUCCACAGCCGUAAUCAUCCAUGGCUUUUUGGGAUCCAACAGAAAUUGGAGAUCCUUCUCUCGCAAUCUCUUGGCCACGCUCUCCAAUUCCUCUCCCUCUUCCAAUUGGAGGACGGUGUUGAUGGAUAUGAGGAAUCAUGGGAAAUCGGCGGAGAGGAAGCUGGAUCCGCCUCAUAAUUUGGAGAAUGCGGCUAAAGAUUUGGCUGAUUUGGUAAAGGCUGAAGGUUGGUCUUGGCCUGAGGUUGUUAUUGGUCACUCCAUGGGUGGAAAAGUGGCUCUACAGUUUGGUCAUAGUUGUAGAAGUGGUGAAUAUGGGGAUUCUGCUCAAUGGCCUAAACAGCUUUGGGUAUUGGAUUCUGUCCCGGCAGAAGUGAACUCUGAAAACAAAAGCGAUGAAGUCCGCAAUGUUUUAAAGACUUUGGAAAGUUUACCGUCACAAAUCCCAUCUCGAAAGUGGCUUGUGAGUCAUUUGAUGGGACUUGGUUACUCCAAGACACUCGCAGAUUGGAUAGGCACCAACCUGAAGAAGGUUGGUGAUCAUGAGACAUGGAUAUUUGAUCUUCAGAGUGCUAAGGAGAUGUUCGAUUCUUACUGGGAAAAGUCCUAUUGGAGUCUAUUGGAGAACCCUCCAAAAGGUAUGGAAAUAGUAAUUGUGCGCGCUGAAAAGAGUGAUAGAUGGGACCAAGAGGCUAUCGAGCGGAUCCAAAAACUAGCUAGUCAAGAAGGAACCGAUUCUGCUGGAAAGGUUUCCUUCUGUGUUCUUCCAAAUGCUGGUCAUUGGGUUCAUGUUGACAACCCAAAGGGACUUCUUGAGAUUGUGGCUUCCAAGAUGGCAUCCCUUUAGUUCCUGUUUUAUUUGAACUAUUGGGGUAUCCAUCAUAGAAAAUUCUUGUGUCCAAGAGUUAGAAAUUCAUAACAAUGAGCAGAAGUGGUUGGUUGGUUAAUAACUUAAAAAUUGAUAGGCUACCAAUUUUUUUUUAGUAAAUUUACUGUACUCUCCUCAUUUACCACUUCAUACCACACCUCAUAAUUGAAGAAAUAAUACCGAGAUAUAUUCAUAUAUAUCAUUUUCACCUUCAA